CCGCCUUCCUCCGAGGGCCGGGAGGAUGGAGCCGGGGCCUGCGCCCGACGCGGCGCCGCUGGCCGGCCUGGCCUGGUCGUCGGCCUCGGCGCCGCCGCCGCGGGGCUUCAGCGCGAUCUCCUGCACCGUGGAGGGCACCCCCGCCAGCUUCGGCAAGAGCUUCGCGCAGAAGUCGGGCUACUUCCUGUGCCUCUGCGCCCUGGGCAGCUUGGAGAACCCACAGGACAACGUGGUGGUGGACAUUCAGAUCGUGGUGGACAAGAGCUCCGUGCCCCCGGGCUUCUCCCCGGUCAGCGACCCCCAGGAUUCUAAGGCCUCCGUUUCCAAGAAGAAGCGCAUGUGCGUGAAGCUGGUGCCACUGGGGGCCGCGGACACGGCUGUGGUGGACGUGCGGCUGAGUGGGAAGACCAAGACGGUGCCUGGCUACCUGCGGGUCGGGGAUAUGGGCGGCUUUGCUAUUUGGUGCCGGAAAGUCAAGGUGCCCAAGCCGGUGCCCAAGCCCCGGGGUCUCAGCCGGGACCUGCAGGGCCUCUCGCUGGACACGCCCAGCCAGCCCAGCAAGGGCCCUGAGCGCGCCCUGUCGCGGCUGGGCUCGCGCGCGUCCACCCUGCGCAGGAACGACUCCAUCUACGAGGCCUCCAGCCUGUACGGCAUCUCCGCUAUGGAUGGGGUGCCUUUCACCCUGCACCCCCGGUUUGAAGGCAAGGGCUGUGGCCCCCUGGUGCUGUCGGCCUUUGCAGACCUGACCAUCAAGUCGCUGGCCGACAUCGAAGAGGAGUACAACUACGGCUUCGUGGUGGAGAAGACAGCGGCCGCGCGCCUGCCCCCCAGCGUCUCCUAGCCCUGGAGGAGGGGGUGUGGGCUGGACGAGGCUGCGUGGGGAACCCCGCGGGGGAGACCAGUGCCUGGAAGCCAUCGGUGUCCGAAACCCCGGGUGGCCCUUCGGAAUAAACACUACCCUGUCCGCGCUCCCCCACGCGCCGUCUCAAGUCCUUUCCUGGCCGUCGGUGGGGACUGGGCUGCAGCUGCAGCAUUGGGGAGAUAGCACGGAGCCCCCCUAGUGUGGGGGGGCAGGUCGAAGCUGGGUGCUCUGCAGGUGCCCGCUUGUGUUGCCAUGGUGACCUGUGACUGUGGGGUGGGGGGCAUCACCCGGUUAACCUGCCUGGGUCUGCCCCAGCCCUGUGGCAGCUGACCUUGAACCCCGAGUCCGAGAUGCUAGUCUCCACCCAACUUCCCACCAGCCACCUCCGUUCCACACACCUGCUGGGGGGACACGCCCCUGGGAGCCCGGGCACCCCCUCCAGUCACAUGGAACUCCACCUUCUGUGUGUAAUGUUGAAAGAUGCUGGGUUCCGGGCCUAGCGCAGUGGCCUAGCAGCUGAAGUCCUCGCCUUGAACGCAC